CAACAAUACCUCAAACUUUCGGUCAGCAAUUGCAUUGUUGAGGGCGUCCUUCUGAAUACAUUAGGUACCCAUGACAUUACAAUGGUGACAAUACAAUUGUUUACUCCCUAUAUGCUUUCAUGACCCUUGCUUCACUCCGUAAAACUCUCGUUCCAGCUUCUUACUUCCACUUCACCCACAUCGCAUCGCAACGCAGGUAGAACUGAUACCCAUACACACAAAUUGUGAAGAACGACCGCAAAGAUGAAGUACAGCGGUCUCUACUUCAUCCCGUCCCACGCAAACACACCCGACGCCUCACACACGACCUUCACCACCCUCCUCAACAGCAUAGAGCGGCACUUCGAGCACGCCGUACGGCAAGGAUCAUGGUCUCUCACGCACCGCAUGUUCCGCUCGACGCCCGAGCCAAAUAACACACAGCCGCCGCAGCACAAACUCCAACACAUACUGUACCUCACGCCGCAAAGCACGAGUAGGACCUACUGCUUCAUACACGCCUUCACGCCCUCGAACUUCGGCGGCGCAAAGACGGAACCGCAAUCAAAUGCACCCACACCGCAGCCGGGGGGUUCGUCACAGCCAGGCGGCACCCCGCGAACGGAUCCAGGCGUGGUGAUAUCGAUUCCGUCGCACAACACCGAGACGCAUACGAGUUUUGUGGGCAACCAGCUCCAGCCGCUGUGGGCCAUAAGGCAUAUUUUGAAUUUGGGCAAUGGUGUUACGUACACCGUGGGUCAGUUCACGAUACAUUUGGGAGAGCUGGAGGCCGUGAGGACGUCGGCUACUGCGUCUUCGGCGUCGCCGGGCGUCGUCGUGUGCAUAUCGACGGUCGCGGCGGGUGGGGAAGAGGAUGCGUCGCAGGACGAUGAACUGAGGGAUAUGGGCUACACGUCGGUAUCGGGAGCUGAUGAGAAUGGUGUUAAUGGAGCGUCAUCGGAAUUCACAGGCGCGGAAGAGGCGAUUCGCGGGCUUUGGGCGGUUCUCAGGGAGGGUGUCGAUUUCGGCAGGGCUGAAGUGCGGGAGGUUAUGAUGGAAAAGGAGGGUCUGCAAGCGUCAAAGUUCGCCGAGUCUGAGGCUGCUGUGAGGAUGUGGUGUGACGUUUUGAGACUGCGAGUGUAGGAUGUCUCCGAGAAGUGUUCACUGGCCACAUACAUAUUAUCCAAGAGGCGGCGGGGGAAUGACAUUAGAUAGGUCGUUCAGAAGAAGGCACGUUCGGAUCGGUACCUUGGUACUUAGGUAUACAUCUAUCAUGCAGUUCAGACAUUGGGAAUUUGAGAGAAUAUAAGAACGUC